AGAAAGUUCGAAACUCCCUUUUAUCGAAAAAGACCGGAUUUCAAUCUGGGGCUGGAGUUUUGGAGGAUUUCUUGUUCCAAAAAUAAUAGCAAAAAAUAACAGAUUUGGACUGAACUUGAUAAAGUCUGGGAUAGCUGUAUCACCUGUGGCUAAGUGGCAGUAUUAUGAUUCUGUGUACACGGAGAGGUACAUGUGUACACCGACAUCAGCUGAUAACUGGGAAGGGUACGACCAAGCGGAUCUCACCAAGGACAUGAAGGACAUGAAGGAUGAUCAGCUGUUGCUGGUACAUGGAACAGCUGACGAAAAUGUACAACUUGUACAUACAAUGCUUCUCACCAAGAAGUUAACAUAUUAUGGAAUAGUGUUUAAUCAAAUGAUAUAUCCUGAUGAGAACCAUGGACUGGUUGGCGUGCUACCCCACCUAUUCUCCUUGAUGGAGGAUUUCCUGCUGUCCACCCUGGGCAACUCUACCAUCGUCUUCCCUGAGGACGUGACCUACACACUCUCUGAUAUGUUAACAAACUAGAUUCAUACUUUCCUUCUACACCUUGUCAAAUUUAACUCUGGAAUAGGAACACAGACUAGAUAUAUACAGACUCCAAAUCAACUUUCACGGGAUGGGCGGGCCAAGCUGGCCUACAAUCGAACCGGCACAACAUGCUAUAUUCUUUAAGGUUAUUGGCUGCCAUCUAACUGCCACUUGUAGCAUAUAAUAAACUUUCAAGGGUUAAGGUUUACAAUUUAAAAGAAAUACUCUUUUUACCAUUAAACAUACAAUUUAUAAA